AAGAAGCCGGCCGGAGGCGCGGGCGCGGCGGGAGGGGCUACGAGCGAGUCUGGUUUUGUUUCCGUUUCCCUCCGUUCCCGUUCUCCUUCUGCAAACCGGAAGGUGCAGGGGCAAGGGGGACCGGUAGCACCGUGCUGCUCCAAAACGUUUAUGGUCCUUGGUCCCAGGACCCCAUUAAAGCAUUUGCAGGGUACGCUUUUAUGAACAUCUUCCAAAAGUGAAGGCAGGUGUUCAUCCGUUUUGAAGUUGAUAUUUUGGGGGAAGGAAAAACUCGCGGGAGUGUGGAGAUUUGCCAUAUGAAACUCGCGGGUCCUCACAUGCCUCUUCCUCAAGCCCCGGGGUUUGACAGACUUGGACUCUCCCAGAGUUCUGGAUGCACAGUCAGGACCAGCUUGGGUUGAUGCCGAUUUAUUCCUUUAUAAAUGCUUCGCAUCCUGAUGUUUGUGUCUAUCAACUAGAUCCUCGGGUCCGUAAAGCCACCUAAGCUUGGCUGGAAGCUACAACUCAGCCUCCUGAUGCAUUCUGAAUCCAGGCUGUGUGAAGACGAGACUCCUUCCAUUUUGUGGGGUUUGGAUCCUGUAUUUCUGGCCUUUGCAAAACUCUACAUAGGGGAUAUCCUGGACUUGAAGGAAUCCUCCCAGGUGCCAGGUGUAUAUUUUUACAACGGGCAUCCGAUAAGACAGGUAGAUAUCUUGGGAACUGUUGUUGCAGUAAGAGAAAGAGAUGCUUUCUACAGUUACGGAGUGGAUGACAGCACUGGAGUUAUAAACUGCAUCUGCUGGAAAAAACUGGACAAUACUGAGUCUUCCUCAGCAACUGUAGCUGUGCCAAGUGCAAGAGAACGGAGCUUAACCUCACAGCUCAAGAAGCUACAAGAGACCAUUGAGCAGAGGAAGAAGAUAGAAAUUGGGGACAUUGUCUGUAUCAGGGGCUAUGUCCGCACAUACAGAGAAGAGCGAGAGAUUCGUGCCACCAUUUAUUAUAAAGUGGAUGAUCCAUUGUGUGACAUUCAAAUUGCAAGGAUGCAGGAGCUGCCCAAGCUCUACAGGACAAUCUAUGACCAGCCUUUCCGCAGCCCAGGCCUGGAGAAAGAGGCAGCACUAAGUCUCACGAGUUUGCUGAGUGAAAAAGCCAAAGACUUCCUUGUGGAAAAGAGAGUGCACGCCUUUUACCAGCAGGAGUUGGAAAUGCAGGAAUCGCUGCUCUCCCUUGCCAAUCAACCUGUGAUUCACAGUGCCUGCUCCAACCAAGGGGAUGUUAAGAAAGAUUCCACGUCAAAAGCCAUUCAUCGUGUAUUUAAGAACGCUAUAAAGCUGCUGCAGGAAAAAGGACUUGUUUUCCAGAAAGAUGGUAGUUUUGAAAACCUAUACUAUGUAACCAGAGAAGACAAAGAACUGCACAGAAAGAUCCACCGUAUCAUUCAAGAAGAGUGCCAGAAACCAAAGCACGUGGAGAAGGGCUGCCACUUUCUGCACAUCUUGGCCUGUGCCCGCCUGAGCCUCAGCCCAGACCUGAGUGAAACUGUGCUGCGAUGCGUGCUGGAACUCCUGGAGGACCAGAGUGACAUUGUCAGCACAGCAGAACACUACUACAUGGCAUUCUGAGGAGACGCCAGGCCUGAGCGGAGAACAGCCCUGCUCUGAUUUCAGGCACCAGGCGGAUUUACAGUUCUGGAGGCAAAUACGCCAUAAUACAAUGACGUGUGGCCACUUGAGGAAUGGAGUUUGGACACAUGCUCUAGGUUGGCUUCUCCCUACUGUGUUCUUGGGGUAAAAUGACCUUUCUUUUCAGUAUGACAUACAAGAACAUCUUUGUGGAUCCCUUGUCUGGACUGGGCAGCACUCAUGGAUCAGCAGGAAACAGGAAAAUAGGAAAUAGUGCUGGACUGAGUUGCUAUCAUCAGGGACAUCGAGUGGGGAUGCGGCUAUAUUGGAACCUGGCAGCCAGUUCACACAAAUCUACAACUCCCUACAACUCAGUCUAUUGGAUACGCUCUUGUGGGCUUUGAGGUGAAGACCCUUAUGUUGGGAUCCAGUUCUUCCUGAUGAGUAGCACCAAGCUACAAUUUUUUUGUGGAUCAGGCACCAGCAGUGUCCUGGAUUGUGGGGUGAAUGUGAUGUAUAGUCCCACCCAGGGUUAGAAUAAACAGAUCUAAGGCACAGCUCUGUGCUUCUUCCUAUUUUCCUUCUUAAUUGGAAGU